GGCAUCAUUGCUAAUAACGUUUCGUAAGGAUGUGCAUGCCAAUGCCGCAUUGAUAGUUUUCAAACGCUUCUCAAAUAAAGUUCACUCAAUUGAAUUAUCUUGUUAUAAACUCAAGUUAAUGCUCAUUUGUAGCAGCACUUUUAGGUUAGUGCUUGGCUAGGAUGAGUCUGUUGAAACAUUUACGUGGUACUAAGGCCAAGCCUGAAGUAUACGGAGAUGUUGAACCUCAGGUCGGAUUCAAAUUAGCUUAUAAUUCUAGAACCGGGGAAGUUUCAGUUAAAGUGUUGGGUGCUAAACAAUUACCGACCAGUUAUGGGACUACGAAGACGCAAGGAUAUUUGAUCAAGCUGACCGUUUUCCCGCAAAAAGACAAAUUCGAAACGAAAAUCGUAGAACAAUCAUGGCCAACCUUUGACGAAGAAUACAAAUUCAAGAUACAGUCGAAUUCGACGUCCGGGGAUUCCUUGAAAGGAAAAUUUGUAUCGUUCACAGCGUACGCCCUUCUUUACGGGGAACAGGAAAAACGGAAGGAAAACACCACUUUCAUCAGUAGAUUCGUAGCGUUAACGGGGUUUCACCGUCAGAAGAGGGAUAGUAGGAUAAGGAAGAGUUUUCGAAGUUCCUUGAGCAAUCGUAGAACGAUAGGCAGCGUAACGUACAAUUUGGAAUUGAAAAAUUUUAGCGUGAGAAUAAGCGACGAUGUUAGAUCAACCCCUGAGAUCUGGAGAGGUCUGAAGGAGAUAUCAAGUGGGGUAGUAAACAAUUCGAAAGACAACAAGAAGGGUAGUGUGGAGGUAACAAUGUUAUAUACAGUAAGCGAAGAAGGAAAUAAAGAUAUUAUCGAGAUAGGGGUCUCGAAAUUGAGAUGUACCGUACAAACGAUGGAGGAACACGAGCGACUUGGAGGGAAACUCUACCUGAAAAUUUCCGCCUUCGAAAUGGACGACGUCAUACAGAAAAUGAAAAGUGAUAAGUUCGACCCAACCAUAAGUUUGAAACUUGAAAAAAAGUCGGCUCGGUUGAAGGUCAAAGUUGACGAAUACAGUUGCACUCAAUUGAGGAUAUUGAUCAAAUUGAUGUGCACUCCUCUCCUUGGUCACAAGUUGGAAUUGGGCAGAAUAGAGAUAGACAGUAGGAGUGACAUUUGGAAGGACAUGAUGAAGACUCCCAUGGUGGCAAUCACAAAAGUCAUUAAUCUGGAGUAACAUAAAUAUUCUCAUUUUUGGGCAUCUGAGUUCACUUUGAUCGUGGUGAUAUUUUAUAUUUAUCCUAUUUAUAUUGUAAUAGAAAAUUGAUUAAAAUCGAAUUCUAAUAUUGAA